ACACUUCGCUGAGACAGGACAGUUAUCAGUCGGCGCGAGGCGGCCGGCGUCUUGCUCGCGGAGGCGCGGCAGCGAGCGGCGCGCGGUAGCGCGGCGGUGGCUGUCCGAAUUCUCUUCAGUCCCUCCUCUCUGCUCUGGGUCUCCGGCCCCUAGACGCCUCUUCCUGCGCGCCUGUCUCUUUCUCUAUGGAUUCACUUCAGACCGGACAGAUGCGAAGCGUGACCGCCGAGCUCGGCGGCAACAACUUAGAACUGGCGGAGCCGGCGGCAGCCGCGACCCGCGCAGGCAUGGGCCCCCAGCCGGGGGCGGCUACGGAAGGCUCCGCACCUUUGGCCGCUCGGGAGCCGGAGCCAGAGGAGCCGCCUCCGAGUCCCUCGACCCCCGAGUACAAAGUCCUGCUCGAGCAGGCUGACGCCCUGGCGUCCGGGGGCCGCCUCCGGGAAGCCUUCGAGGUGUACCGACAGCUCUCCGAGCGGCAGCAGCUGGUGGCCGAGCAGCUGGAACAACUGGUGCGCUGCCUGGCCCAGAACGUCCCGCAGGGCGAGGUGCUGCCGCCGGCGCCCCCGGACGGGAGCGGAGCGGCGAGCUGUGAGGCGGCGGCGGGAGAGGCAGGGGCGCCAGCGGCCGCUGCCGCCACCGAGGUGUGGGACGGCUUCAAGUGCAGGAAGUGCCAUGGGUUUCUGUCAGACCCCGUGUCCUUGUCAUGCGGCCACACCUUCUGUAAGCUGUGCCUGGAGCGCGGCCGGGCAGCCGACCGGCGCUGCGCCCUGUGCGGGGUCAAGCUCUCGGCGCUGAUGGUGGCCGCCGGGAGGGCUCGCGCGAUCCGGCGAGUUGAGCCGCCGGCGGCAGCCGACGCCGCGCCGCCGCCGCCGCCGCCGCCGCCGCCACCGCCGCCGCCACCGCCGCCGCCGCUACGGGUCAACGUGGUGCUCAGCGGCCUCCUGGGCAAGUUGUUUCCCGGCCCCGCACGGGCGUCGCAACUCCGGCACGAGGGCAACCGGCUGUACCGCGAGCACCAGGUGGAGGCGGCGUUGCUCAAGUACAACGAGGCGGUGCGCUUAGCUCCAAAUGACCACUUGCUUUAUAGCAACCGGUCUCAAAUUUAUUUCACCUUGGAGUCUCAUGAGGACGCGCUGCAUGAUGCAGAAAUAGCAUGUAAGCUCCGCCCACUGGGUUUCAAGGCACACUUCAGAAAAGCACAAGCCUUAGCCACCUUAGGCAAGGUGGAGGAAGCACUAAGGGAGUUUCUGUAUUGUGUGUCCCUGGAUGGAAAGAACAAAAGAGCAAGAUCUGAAGCCCAGAGGCUUCUCCUUAGUUUCUUUUCACCAUCAGUCCCGGGGGACUCUCAGGAACAUUUUCCCGAUAUCCUGAAGUUGUUGGCACCUCACCCUAGAUUAAAGGAACACGUAGAAUCAAUGGCUACUGAAGGCACCAGUCAUAAUCUACCAAAGUUGUCACAGGACAACCCGGAGCUCCCACGCUGUUCUAGUCAGGAGGAAGCAGCGGCGGGGGGAGACCGCAGCAGCCUGGCAAACCCAGUUAAAGUAGAGGGGGAGGGGAAGCAAGGCGACCAGAAAGGCCAGGCAGGAGACAAGGCGGAGAAGGGGGACUCGGCCUCUGCAGAAGCUGCCUCCACCAAGGCUGGCAAAUGCCACGAAAAGAAAAGGAAGCAUUGUCAAAUUGAAACCCGAGAUCCAGAGGUGCCUGCGAAAGCCUUGAAGCCAGAUCCUCUGGCUGAGCAGGGGGCCGAAGCUGCUGUCAGUGCUCCACUGCCAUCUUUUGUGGAUGCGUCUGACCUUGAAUGCGCCCUGUGUAUGAGAUUAUUCUAUGAGCCAGUCACAACACCUUGUGGACAUACAUUUUGUUUAAAAUGCCUUGAAAGAUGCCUAGAUCACAAUGCAAAGUGUCCACUGUGCAAAGAUGGUCUUGCACAGUGCUUGGCAUCCAGAAAAUACAGCAAAAAUGUCAUAAUGGAAGAGCUAAUAGCUAAAUUCCUUCCAGAAGAACUCAAGGAACGAAGGAGGCUUUAUGAAGAAGAAAUGGAAGAACUUUCUAACUUAAAUAAGAACGUGCCUAUUUUCGUGUGUACUAUGGCCUAUCCCACCGUCCCUUGUCCCCUGCACAUCUUCGAGCCUUGUUACCGCCUGAUGAUUCGUAGAUGCAUCGAGACAGGCACAAGGCAGUUCGGCAUGUGCCUUGGAGAUCCCGUCAAAGGCAGGUUCGCGGAAUACGGCUGCAUCCUGGAGAUCAGAAAUGUGCAGUUCUUUGCUGACGGCCGCUCAGUGGUGGACAGCAUAGGCAAGAGGCGAUUCCGGGUCCUCCAUCAGGGCCACCGAGAUGGCUACAAUACAGCUGACAUUGAAUACAUUGAAGACCAAAAGGUUCAAGGAGACGAUUAUGCUGAGCUCAUGGGAUUGCAUAAUUGUGUCUAUGAGCAAGCGUCAUCGUGGUUUCAUUCGCUCAAAUCAUCUCUGAAGAAUCGGAUAAUCAGUCACUUCGGUCCCAUGCCAGAGAAAGAUGCUGAUCCCCAGGUUAACCCAAAUGGCCCAGCCUGGUGCUGGUGGACGUUAGCGGUUCUCCCACUGGAAAGCCGAGCUCAGCUCCCAUUCCUAGCUAUGAGGUCCUUAAAGGAUAGACUGAACGGCAUUCGGCGAGUCCUGGCCUUUAUAUCCCGAAACCAAAACUAGUGAGAGUGGAUUGCUGAAGAGGAAGGCCCACCCUCCCCACCGCCCUUGGGGGAGUCAUCUUGUAAAUAUAUCUAAUUGCAAUAACAUCUUAACAGAAGGAAGUAUCAAACAGGCAUUUCCUUGCUGUUGGUCACAGAGAGAAAAUGUGUAGAAAGACCAAAAGCAUGGGACCUGUUUGAAACUUUCUGUCUUAAGAUGCUUCUUGACAUGCUGCACAACGACAUGCUCAGCAGAGGUGUUUAAAAGCCCAGAAGAAAAAAAUUCCUUUGAUUUCGACAUAAACUUUUCCGAAAGUUUAAAGUGGUUUUGCUUUAAUUUUCUUUCUUGCAUAGUUAAGUGUGUGGUUGAAAUGUGACGCACAGAUACUAAUAACGUCGUGUCAUUUCACUGACUUGAGUUCUCAUUCCACAUGGUUCAGGGUUUAUACAGCAUUGUGUAAAAUAAGGUUCAUCGUUCUAUCCGUUUUAAUAAUUUAUUUUUUGCACUACAGUAUCCUUUUUUCUACAUGUGUGUUUGUGACUAUUUAAGUGUACGUUACUGAGAAGCCAGUUACUUUAUUUAUUAACGUGGUUUACCGUGUACCAAGGGGGAAAUAACAGUACUAGAAAUGUGCCAUUUUUGCUUUUAUCACAUGUAACUGUGAUUCUUAAACCAGUUCUCGAUCGAUUUCCGGAUCUACCCCAUUGGAAGGUUAGAGGAAGUUCAGGGUCACAUAGAGAUUACUGAUCUUCGCAGGUUCCAUUUGGCUUUCAGUUUGGGUUCAACAAUAUAAGAUACGCAAGGGAUUUGGCAUACAUUAUGGAAUAAGCCAGGGUGAGGUAAAAUAACCCAUUCUCUCUGUGUUAUAUGGAGUAGGGCUGAAGGAAUGACUUUCUUUCAACCAAGAGAUGAAUCUGAGGGGUGUCUUUCAGAACAAUCUGUUGUAGGCAUUUAUCUCAACAAUCUAAUUACAGUGUACCUCAUGUCUCCCCAGUACAGUUAGGAGUGGGAUUCUGAGGCAGAAUGAUUUUUAACCCUUCAGAGGGAAUGAUUUUCAGUCUGGCACAUCAUAGCCUCCAUACUCCACCUCUUCUCAGGGUUCUGGGGAUCAUGACCUGGCUAGCACUCGUGCAAACACAGGAAGAAGAGCUCUUUGUUAUUAAAAUGCAAUGAAGGCAGUAGAAAAGGUAGAAACCCU